AACAUAAUAGUGACGGGUGGAAAAGUUGCAGACAUGGCGCUCCACUAUGCCAAUAAAUACAAUAUCAUGGUAGUCCGGUUGAACUCCAAGUGGGAUCUUCGAAGAUUGUGCAAAACAGUUGGUUCUGUUGCCCUUCCCAGAAUGACCGCGCCAACUCCAGAAGAAAUGGGACAUUGUGACAGUGUUUACUUAUCGGAGGUUGGGGACACGCAAGUUGUUGUUUUUAAACAUGAAAAGGAAGAUGGAGCCAUUUCUACAAUUGUAAUCCGUGGUUCUACAGAUAAUUUAAUGGAUGAUAUAGAAAGGGCAGUUGAUGAUGGAGUUAACACCUUUAAAGUCCUCACCAGGGAUAAACGUCUUGUGCCUGGUGGUGGUGCAACAGAGAUAGAGUUGGCCAAGAAUAUUACGUCCUAUGGUGAGACAUGUCCAGGGCUUGAUCAGUAUGCAAUCAAGAAAUUUGCUGAAGCAUUUGAAGCUGUUCCACGAGCACUGGCAGAGAAUUCUGGAGUAAAAGCCAAUGAGGUCCUCUCAAAACUGUAUGCAGUUCAUCAAGAAGGCAACAAAAACAUGGGAUUUGAUAUAGAGGCGGAGGGUGCAGCUGUAAAGGACAUGUUGGAAGCUGGUGUUCUGGACACGUAUCUUGGAAAGUUCUGGGCGAUUAAAUUGGCUACAAAUGCUGCAGUCACUGUACUCCGAGUCGAUCAGAUUAUCAUGGCAAAGCCAGCUGGUGGCCCUAAACCUCCAACGGGAAAAAAGGACUGGGAUGAUGACCAAAAUGAUUGA